GGGAGCGCGGGCACGUGCGCAGCAGCUUACGGCGCGCCCCCGAGAGCCGGGGCUUCCCCUUCCCCGCCCCCUUGGCUUUCGCAGUCAAAUCCCGCUCUCCGCACGCCGCCCGCGGAAGUCUCACCGCGCAGCCGCACCCCCAGUUCGGGCGGUUCCGGGAACAGAAGGGCGCGACGCGUAGGGGGCCCGUAGAAUCUAAACUGCGGAGGAGGAGCAGGAGAAGGGAGGAGGAAGAAGAGAAAGGUGUGGUAGAGGAAGAGAGGGAGGAAGAAGGAGGAGAGGCAGAAGAUUAGGAAAAAAUGGGCCCCUGGGCGCGGCGGGGUAGAGAGGCGCGGACGCCGAGCGAGCCCGGUGCCUCUCGAAAGCCUCACCGGCCGCCCCGCCGGGCCGCGCAGCCUCGCCAACUCCCGGGCCGGCCCAGGCCGGAGCGUGGCGCCCGUCGGGAGGCUGCAGAGUUCCUGGAGCUCACAGCUGAGCCCGAAGGCAGUCGCCCUCGAUGGGCAGGAAGCGGGACCCAGGCACGCCCGCGCGGUCGCGUCCAGAUCUGCGGUCCUCCAACAGGGGCAGGCCUGCUGCGCCUUCGCCACACACCCCCACUUCUGGGCCUGAACUCCGUAGUUACGCCGGGAUAUCUCUGGGCAUCCAACCACCUCCCCGCCCCCACAGUCUUUUCAUCUCCACCCGACCCCUUGCUAGGAGCAGCUUCUAGUUGCAGCUCAAGACCCGCGAGUUCACCCUCCGCGCCAAGCACCCAACUCCCGGCUCUGCCUACAGUCACCCACAGACCUAAUGAUCGACUAAGCGCCGUAAUGGCCCGAGAUGACACCAGGAGACUCCCUUGCUGUGCGCCUCCUGAAGACGCGGAACGUAGCCCCUUUCUCACACUCCUGGGACACAAAAAUACCCGACAACUCAAAAUCGCCGAACCACAUCUUUUCAUGCUUUGAAGACUUCUGCCCAAGCCUGUGGCAGGAGCAUGUCCAACUGUGAUUUGGGUUUCUUUUUAAACAUCGAAUCAAAGGGAAGAGAGCAGGGAUUCGCAACUAAAUGGUAGUUGUUUUCAAGCAACUCUUUACGUAGCCCCAAACCUAGUCUAGUAUUCGGUCAUUCAGCCCCCAAACAUCUCUGCCUGCCUUUAUGUUCGGAUCUCACUCCAUUAUUUGUCGGCAUCAAGUCCUAAACCCACAAAGCGAUAGUUGUGCGGGACACCAAACCCAUACCUGCCCGUCCCCUACCUUCCAGGCAACCAGUGUCAAUCUCCUCACUAUAUAUAAUUCCCAACAUCCCUACCCGAAGUGAGGAGAACGGUAAUUUAAAUAAUACAGCGGGGGAGGAGAGGACACACUGUUUUUGAAAGACUGUAAGCAUUCUGCUCUGUUCCACUCUGCGUCCUUACACUUGCUGAGCACUGACACCAAAUUUAAAUGGCGUUCCUUCAAAACUGAUGUAAUUGUAAAGAGCUGUAAAGGGCAAUGACCUCAACUGGAUAUUUUUUCCCAGGUACUCUACAAGGUUUGCACAAAGCAAGAAAGCAUCAUGUAGCCGAAAUGCUGAAAAGUAUAGAUGCUGCAAAACCUCAUUCUGAGGCUGAAAACUAUGAAUAGUCGGUGUAUUUCCUUCUGCGGUGCAGAAAAAGAACAACCAAAAAGAAAGCAACAAGGGGAAAUGUUAUUUAUUUUAAUGACACCAAAACUACCAAUCCUAGCAAUUUAUUAAAUUAAAAUCAUAGUCCUUUAAAGGUAUUUAAUGGUUCAAGUUUGUGUAUUUGGUGUUAACUCUCUGGUAAAGUUUAUGGAAAACAGUGAAGUACGUUAAUUGAGCAAAUUUUAUA